CCUCCCCUCCUCCACUUCCACUGCCCCGACCCCGCUCACCCGCCCGCACUAUUAAUGUCCCUUCCUCUCCACCAGCCUUCAUUUCCUGUGGCUACUGUUACCUCUUCUGGCUUGCCUGACUCUGGCGUCGUUUUAGAGACCUUCAUUUUUAUAUUUUUCGUAUGGUAAAAUGUAAAUUCCUGCAAUUUUUUUUUUCAAUGAAUUGCACCAAAUAAAAUGACUUGAUUUUGUGUGCGUGUUGCACUUCCUAGGACUGAUUUGUCUUCUCUUCAACUUGAAGCACAGGUUCCUUUACAGACUUUUCUAAAGUGCCCGGUGUCCUCCUGGAAUGAGUCUGGUGCUCAGAAACCUGCAGCGGGCUGUCCCCCUGCGGAGAGUGCCGCUCCGCCAGAGGAUGGAGAUCGUCAGGAGUAUUUUAGGAGUCCAGAAAUUCGACCUGGGGAUCAUCUGUGUUGACAACAAGAGUAUUCAGCACAUCAACAGGAUCUACAGAGAGAAAAACACCCCAACUGAUGUGCUUUCUUUUCCCUUUCAUGAGAAUCUGAAAGCAGGUGAAAUCCCCCAGCCGGAUUUUCCGGAUGACUAUAAUCUGGGGGACAUUUUCCUAGGAGUGGAGUAUAUCUUCCAGCAGUGCAAAGAAAAUGAAGACUACUGUGACAUCCUGACUAUGUACCAGAAGGAGAAGCAGGUUCUCGAGGAGCUGAGCCGGCGCACUGGGGCCAGGCUCCAGCCCCUGAGCAGGGACCUCUUCUGAUGAGCACAGCCCAUGACGCAGCCACCCAGGAGGAUGAAACAAGCGGCCUGGGGGCCUUUAUGUGGGAGCAGAUGGUGGACGGGACAGGCACCCAGCCAGCCAGCCAGCCAGCCAGCCAGCUGGGGCCUCCAUCACCUGAACCUGUCAAGUCAGGAUCCUGACCACACGCAGGGAGUUCCAAGAGGUCAUGGCAGUAACACAGCCUCUCAGAUCCUUUUUGGCCAGAACAACCAGGGAUGCUGCAAGUCUGAGAAUUUGGUUUCCCCUAUGAGUCUAUGUUAGAAACAUGAAAACCAGUGUGUUAGAAACACAUUUCCCACUGGAUUUGUGUCCUGUCUCCGCCUGCACUUCCCCCAGCUCUUGGGGAUAAGGGCUUGAGCCUGUGCUAUCCCUGAGUCACUGUUGGCUGCGCAUGGCCUGCUUGUAAUCACAAAGCUCUUGGCUCCGAAAUCCUUUUUAAGAGACUGAAAGGGUCCUGAGACCUGCUGGUCUUGUCCCUCCAUGUGCCCUCAUGAGCACCAGGUACCCCCAAGGGGCUUUCCACGUGACUCCCAUGUGACCCCAUGUGAUUCCCCCUGCUCAGGAGGUGUACUGAACUGAGUUUUUCCAGUUUACCACAUCACCCAAACACAGUGGACUUGUCAGAUGUCUUCCCUCUGUUAAUAAUGUUGAGAAAUAAAACCGAAGCCAUGUUAGAAAAAAUAAUGUGAAAAUA